CACGUAUGUGUUACUGCCAAGUUUUGAAUCCGCUGCAGUUGGGCAACCCACAAAUGACGCAAUAUACAAAGCUGUGUGUGAGUUGAAAGAUGAGGUCUUCCGGCUUGAUUUGAAGGUGAGCAGCGCAAAAGAGCUGUUACUGAAGGUACUCUCCACUUACCUUGGGAAGGGGACUAUGAAAGAAGUGUUGGAGAUACCUGAGACGAGCAAAGUUCAGCGCUCGCUUUCGUUCAACGGGGAGACCGAGAAGAAGGAUGACGUGGGUGUCGAGGAAAAGGAUGGUGAAGGGACGAAGGAUCAAUUGGAAGAGGAUGUUGAUGAUGUAGAGAGUGUCCCUUCACUUAAUCUAUCAGAAGAGAAGGUCGUUGUUCCAACUAAGGUGGUUGUUUCUGAUGAUUCGUUUGAGGUUAUGAACUUUUGGGGAGAAGAUCUCCCCGCUAUUGUAAAAGAGGAAGUUGAGCAGACCGUGAAGGAUGAUUUUGAUGAUGCUGCGUUCGAAAGAUUCAAAGAAUCUGGAGGGAAGGUGAUUGGUCCGUUCACUGUGAAGAAGGGUUACUCAAAUCAACAGUACGAGUUGUUCCGUUACAUUUUCUCUAGCGCCAAUGAUCCGAGUGAAGUGUUAGCCCAUUUUGGGAAGGUUGAGGUCGAGCGGAGGUUUUUCAAAUGCAUGAAACCGGAGACCGAUAUAUCAAACAGUGUCAUUGAUUGCUUUGCUCAAAUCAUGAAUUUUCGAGAGAAGAAGCGCAACGGCAUUGGAAGAAAGAGAACUUGGUUUAUGCCCACCAGAAUUUCGAGCAAGUUACUUGGAAGAACGAUGACUGUGGAGAGGAUGGCGAAGGAGCAAGAGUGGUCCACUCUUUAUUACGAUGCAGAUUUGAGUUUAUGUCACACUAUGGUGGUACCCCUACUGGAUACCGACAGUGCUCCGCACUGGUUUGCGGCGAAUGUGAGCAUGGUUAAUACAACAGUGGAAAUUAGGGACUCGUUGUCUUCUGCAAUGCAUAAGAGGUCACGUCGGAGCACCUGCGUAGAGAUGCUCCAGACUUUGGACCAAUUGUUUGCCCCUGUCAAGCCAGGAGACCUGAAUUUCAGCGAGUUUGUAAUUAUUUCUUCAAGCAAGGACUACCCACAACAACAAAAUGGCCACGAUUGUGGAAUGUUUGUAAUGAAGUACAUGGAAUCACUAUUCGAGGAAAAUGAAAUAUUGGAAGAGUUUGAUCCUAUUGAAGCCAGACUGGAUUGUGUUGGGAAAAUUGUCACCCACGAGAGUAACAAGGCUAAACAUGCUGUGAUGGAGGGAGUUAAGAAGCAAUUUGGAUUGAGCAAAACCAAAGUUCUUCCAUCAACAUCUACAACUAUACCAUUACGUAGUCCAUCAAGGUCUCCUCGAGACCCCCGAUUCAGCACAGCGAAGGCCAGGUCCGAAAACAUGUGGACUGGCAAGAGCAAGUCCCCGAAAACCCGUCAUUCUAAAAGGCUGGCCAUAAGUAACAAGUAGUAUAUUACAAUGGUUACAAAAGUUACGUUAUUUAUAUAUUUACUAUGUUCAGUACAAUGGUUACAAAAGUUAGGUUUUAGGUCGUAAAUUAUAUUUAGUGAGUCAUGUUAUAUACUUGCAUCAUACUACUGUUAGGUGAUUUGGAAUUGCACUAAUGUUGGUGAUUUUAUAAUUUACUAUAGGGUAAGAGUUAUGGUAGUUUUUAGAAUUUGGUGGAACAGAUUAUUAUUACUGUAUGGUCAUUAUUACUAUUAUUGUGAAUAUUAUUUCGGUUGUUAUAUUUUGCCAUUACUAUUAGGUUUUGGAUUUUUUUUUACCAUAACAAUAUGUGAAGUACAUUAUUCUGAAAAUGAAAUUAACCAAUUUUACAUUCUUUUUCGCACUAUCUGUUUUAGUCCAAUGAUGUCCAUAGCCAAAAUAAUAAAAAUACUUAUACUUAUGUACUUUCCCAUUAUUAUUGUGAAUAUUAUUACUGUUGUUAUAUUUUGCCAGUACUGUUAGGUUUUGGAUAGUGAAGUACAUUAUUUUGAAAAUGAAAUUGACCAAUUUUACUCCAAUUAUGUCCAAAAUAAUAAAAAUACCUACACUUAUGUACUUUCCCAUUACAGAGAUGAAGGCAUUAAUUCUGGCCUUGGACAUAAAUUUGGAUCAAAAAGAGUAAGUACAGUACAAUAAUGAGAAAUAAUAACUCUGUCACACAAUUUCCUUUGUAACAAUUUUACCACUUCUAAAUAAUGUAAUUAAAGGCUAUAAAAAAAAAAACUGUUUUUCAAAAAUGCAGUGUAUUGAACAUCAAGCUUUACAACAAUUAUAUGGAUACCUCCAACAUAUUAAAAAUUAUAAACAAUGGUACCAAUCUAUUCAACAUUAAACACAUAGUUAAAGUACAGUACAGUAAUGAGACAUAAUAACUCUGGCGUUCACACAAUUUCACCAUUUGUAAAUAAUGCAAUUAAAAGCUAUCAAAAUAAAUAAAGGUUACUGUUUGUCAAAAAUGCAAUGUAUUGAACAUCAACGUUUGAAAAUGGUAGCAAUCUAUUAAACAUUAAACUCAUAGGUAAGUAAAUCAUGUAAUUUAAAACUUUGAAAAAAAAGUUGAAGUAUUUUUAAAAUGCAAUAUAGUGAAACACAACAA